AUGUUCCUCUCCGCCUGUGUCGGCGUCACUUCAAUCAUUGUAUUUCUUGUUUCACCAACAUUCGCCGUCGACACAACGGCUGAUCCGCAGUUGGUGGCGAAGCUCAAAAUGGCGGCGACCAUGUUAGACCGGCUGGAUCUGCUCUCGGACGAACAGCUUCUCUACAAUUUCUCCGCCAACCCCAUGUAUUCCUGGAACCCGGGGAGCGUCUGCAAUGCCAAUGCUGCUACAUGGCCGGCUCUGGCGACCACCGGUGUGACGGUGGCACAGCUGAACCUCGGGCCUUGCGCGAUGCUGGCACCUCACCUGCAUCGCGCAAUCAAUCUCGUGGUUGCAGUAACUGGAUCAACUCAUACAUAUAUGGUCCAAGAGAAUGGAGCUCGGCUAGUCGAGCAAAUCCUCACCCCGGGACUGAUGACCAUGUUCCCACCUGCCAGUCUGCAUUCAAUGUACAACAUGGGCUGUGAAAACAACCAACUCUAUUCGUUCCUCAACGAUGAGAGCCCGGGGACCCUGAACAUUGCGCAAUCCUUCUUCAUGAUGCCCGAGGAGAUCGGCAUGCAAGUCAUGCCCUUUAUCAAUCUGGCAAACGGAAGUUGGAAUGGUACUGCGCAGCUGAUCCCCGCGAUCGGCACAGGAAGCCAGGACGGGUUUGAGGCAUGUAGAAAAAAAUGUGGUCUCACUGGGGAUGGGUCCUAG